AUGCCACCCUCGUUCAGCUAUGCGCAGUCGCCAUCAUACUAUGGGUACUCUCCGGCUCCUUCGACUGAGCAAUACUCAUACGGCACUAGUGGUGCUUCCGGAAGUGGAAGUGAUUACUAUGGCACCUACACUGAUCCUCCUGGAAUGCAUCAGCCCGCAGGUCUGGCGCCCACCGCCCCGCCGGGCGGCCUCGUCCGCACUGAACAACGCGGCGUCCUCAUUCGCGAGAUCUCCAGGAGAGCCUCGCAGGCCGCCGUAGACAAGUUGCUGCGUGACACUGCCGUCAAUGAUGCUGCCCUGAUCGUGGAGAUAACGAUCCCCGUUGACAAGGACCGCAACCCAAGGGGCUGGGCGACUAUGAUGUUCAGCACUACAGAUGCUGCACUCCGUAUGAUAAAUCGCAUAAACAAGAUUGAGUUUAAGGGCCGGAGGCUUUCAGCUAAGAUCUUCAAGGAAGGCGAGGCUGUUAGCGUUGAGGGCUCAGCAAGCGGAAAGCAGCAUCACCACCACCAGAAGGACAAUGGGAAAAAAGACAGGAAGGAUAAGGGCGGCUCGUCUUCGAAAUGGUUCUCGUCCAAGGAUGACAGCCGCAAGGAUAAGGAUAAGAAGGAUAGCAAGAAGUCCGUUGUUAUCGCGCAUGGUUCUUCGUAUGUCAAAGGCAAACGCUAA